ACAGCAUAUAAUUGAGCCGCACGUGAUUGUAAUGUUAGCAAAAGAGAGGUGAUCCAUUUUGGCUAACGUACCAUAUCUGUAGCGUAGCUGCAGUCUACGACGGUGUUUAGAGCUUGCGGUAAGUUACCGUUCCGUAGUAGCCCACCAACCGUCAUCACAACAACUGGGACAGCUUGAAAUUUAUUAACAUUACUGCAAGGCUGGCAUGGAAAUGGCAUCAAUAGCCGCGGCACAUGAGCCGGGUUUCAGCCCAUGCUCCAUACCGCUGGCUGAUGCUUUAGUCCCCGCGAGUAUAUUUGCGCCAGACCGGGGAGAAUGCGGGGACGAGGCCGACGACGAGUGUUUUGAGGACGGGGACAUGAUCAAUGGCGAGCCCGAGGGCCGUGGGGUUGACUUCACCAACAAGCUGGCACUUGUUAGCCCAAAUGGAGAGCAGUAUGACUCGUUACUUCGCCAGCUACGGGACAGGAUGGAAGAGGGAUGCGGAGAAACCAUCUAUGUGGUUGGAAUGGGCUCAGAUGGUGGGGACUGGGGCCUGGAUGAGAAGGAUAUGGAGGCCUCAGCAGCUACAGUGCGCUCCAUGUGUGAGCAAGUGGAUGCUGACCUUAUCACGCUCCGGGAGCGCAGUGAGGCUGCCGGUUUGGUACGCGACUAUCUGAUCCGCCGGCGUGUGGGUGAGCUGGACUUCCUGGAGGUCAGGGUUGCAGUCGUGGGUAACGUGGAUGCUGGUAAGAGUACUCUGCUGGGUGUGUUAACGCACGGAGAGCUGGACAAUGGCAGGGGCUUUGCCCGCCAAAAGCUCUUCAGGCACAAACAUGAGAUGGAGAGUGGCAGGACCAGCAGUGUGGGCAACGAUAUCCUGGGGUUUGACCAGGAGGGACAGGUGGUGAACAAACCAGAUAGUCAUGGAGGAAGCCUGGACUGGACCAAAAUCUGUGAGAAGUCCUCCAAGGUGAUAACCUUUAUUGACCUGGCUGGCCAUGAGAAAUACCUCAAGACCACCGUGUUUGGGAUGACCGGACACCUGCCUGACUUCUGCAUGCUCAUGGUGGGCAGUAAUGCAGGUAUUGUAGGGAUGACCAAAGAGCACCUGGGCCUUGCCCUGGCCCUGAAUGUGCCUGUGUUUGUAGUGGUAACCAAGAUAGACAUGUGUCCAGCCAACAUCCUGCAAGAGACAUUGAAGCUGCUCCAGAGGUUACUGAAGUCCCCCGGUUGUAGGAAGAUCCCUGUCCUGGUACAGAACAAGGACAACGUCAUAGUCACAGCGUCGAACUUCAGUUCGGAGAGGAUGUGUCCCAUCUUUCAGAUCUCCAAUGUGACCGGAGAGAACAUGGACCUGCUCAAGAUGUUUCUCAACCUGCUCUCCUCCAGGACCUCCUACCGUGAUGACCAGCCCGCUGAGUUUCAGAUAGACGACACCUACUCUGUACCGGGAGUGGGAACAGUAGUAUCAGGAACUACUUUACGUGGACUCAUACGUCUGAAUGAUACAAUGCUACUAGGGCCGGACCCCUUAGGCAGCUUUAUUCCCAUUGCCGUCAAAUCAAUCCACCGCAAAAGAAUGCCCGUGAAGGAGGUUAGAGGUGGCCAGACUGCCUCAUUUGCUCUCAAAAAGAUCAAGCGUUCGUCCAUAAGGAAAGGCAUGGUGAUGGUUUCCCCAAGGCUGUGCCCACAGGCCACUUGGGAGUUUGAGGCUGAGAUCCUGGUACUGCAUCAUCCCACCACGAUAUCCCCCAGAUACCAGGCCAUGGUCCACUGUGGCAGCAUAAGGCAGACAGCCACCAUCUUGUCUAUGAACAAAGACUGCUUACGGACAGGGGACAAGGCUUCAGUCCACUUCCGCUUCAUCAAAACCCCGGAGUACCUGCACUGUGACCAGAGGCUGGUGUUCAGGGAGGGACGCACCAAGGCUGUAGGCACCAUCACCAAGCUUUUGCAAUCCACCAAUAAUCUACCGUCAAAUUCCAAACCUCCACAAAUCAAAAUGCAGUCUACAAAGAAGGCACCGCUGAGAAAAGAGGACGGCACCACGGCAACCAGUGAUGAUGUAGCAACGAUAGCACAGUCAGCAAACAUCCCAAACGUGACACAACCGGGAGAGGGAGAUGAAGACCCAAAGAUAAAGGAGGGCAACAAAGAGAACAAGCCAAAGUCUGGAGGAGGUGGAAGAAGAAGGGGUGGCCAGAGGCACAAAGGAAAAGGCCAGAACAGCAGCACCAACUCCACAGCAGUUCCCUCCUCAUCAGGAAUAGGAGGCUCCUGAACCACCCUCUUGUCCCUCGUAACCCCUCCCACCCCCCACCCCUCUCUCUGCUAUCACUCCACUAAGUGCUCUCAUUCCACAAACCAUAAAGGACAGAUGUUUGGAGCAAGACACUCUCCUCAGUCUUAUCACUCCUUGCCUUUUUGCACCAGGUCAUAUAGUUGUUUUUUUUCAAAAGGGAACACAAAGGGGUAUGUCCCAAACCAAAAGGCAUACACCCUUUAAUGCAUUUUAACAUCAGCUGCCUUUACUAUUUCGAAUUGUUUUGGUGAUGAAAAGAAGUGUGUUUUUUUUAGGUUAGCCUCACUCAGGAUGAUGAUUUAUUUAAUUUGAUUCAUAUUUUAUGUGUCUAUGAAAUCUACAAUUCAGUCCUCUGGCUCAACAUCACUGACAAAGGAGGGAGGCUAAACUGAAAACAAAGGUCCUGUACCAAUAUGAAACUUUCCCCAUGCAUUCCCUGUAUAUUUGCAAUGAAAAAUAAUUCAUGUACUAUUUAUACUUUGAUUUGAUUUUAAAUUCUAGACAUAUGGAAAUAAGCAGUUACAUUUUCUAAUUGUCAGUUAUUUAUUUGGCAUACAUGCAGAAGGUUCACUGAUGGUCAUCAAUCGUUCAACCCACUCCCACUUGCAUGCUUAGAUUCAGCAGUAUCUAUCAUGCUUCCAGUGUCGGCCGUGUUACAAUCCUUAUACAAACAGUGGCAAUACAAACAAAUACAGCACAAUAGCUUGUCAAGCAAAGUUGCUCAUGAUUAUAAGACAUGCAGUAAUUGCAGUGCUACUUGUAACUCUACUACCCCAUGCGUUAUGGCCUGUUGCUGUUAACAUGUGACAUUUUAAACACUUUGCGGCUAAAAAACUGACCAUUAAUAAACAGGCUUUACUGAACUUUUAAA